GACCUAUUCAAUUCGCAUUUCUUCAGGAUCCGCGAUCAUUUUCUCCUUUUUUUCAUCCUUGACUCUUCUACGGUUUUGUUGCGUUCAUCAUCCAAAUGGCGUUCUUCCGAAGCGUUUCUGCGCUUUCCCGGCUUCGAUCUCGUGUGGGUCAGCAAUCUAGUCUCGCCAAUUCAGUUAGAUGGCUCCAAACUCCGAGCUCCGGUAACACUGAUCUUUAUUCUGAGGUGAAGGAACUAAUUCCUCAGUAUCAGGAACGUGUUAAGAAGUUGAAGAAAGAUCAUGGAAAUGUUGAACUGGGAAAAAUCACUGUUGAUAUGGUACUUGGUGGAAUGAGAGGAAUGACUGCUUUGGUGUGGCUUGGCUCAGCUGUUGACCCAGAUGAGGGAAUUCGGUUUAGGGGCAUGUCAAUUCCUGAAUGCCAGAAAGCACUUCCAGGUGCUUUUCCUGGGGGGGAACCUUUGCCUGAAGCUGUACUGUGGCUUCUACUCACAGGAAAGAUACCAAGUAAAGAACAAGUGGAUUCAUUAGCCCAAGAAUUGCGAAGCCGUGCAACUAUCCCAGAUUAUGCUUAUAAGGCAAUUGAUGCUCUGCCUGUUUCUGCUCAUCCAAUGACACAAUUUACAACUGGUGUCAUGGCCCUCCAGGUGCAGAGUGAGUUUCAGAAGGCAUAUGAGGGUGGGAUAGCUAAGUCAAGGUAUUGGGAGCCAACUUAUGAGGAUACAUUGAAUUUAAUUGCUCGUUUGCCCGGAAUUGCUGCUUACAUUUACCGACGGAUAUACAAGGAUGGAAAAAUCAUCCCAUUGGAUGAUACUCUGGAUUAUGGUGCAAACUAUGCUCACAUGUUAGGAUUUGAUGAUCCAGAGAUGCUGGAGUUUAUGAGGCUGUACAUUUCCAUUCAUAGUGAUCAUGAAGGUGGCAAUGUUAGUUCUCACACAGCCCACUUAGUUGCUAGUCCACUGUCAGAUCCUUACCUUGCAUUCGCAGCUGCGUUGAAUGGUUUAGCUGGGCCACUGCAUGGUUUGGCCAAUCAGGAAGUUCUACGAUGGAUCAGAUCGUUAGUUAACGAGUUUGGAACUCCAGAUAUAAGUACAGAACAAUUGUCUGACUACAUUCAUAAAACAUUGAGCAGUGGCAAGGUUGUGCCUGGAUAUGGACAUGGGGUUUUGCGCAAUACUGAUCCAAGAUACACAUGUCAGAGGGAGUUCGCACUGAAGCAUUUGCCUAAUGAUCCACUUUUCCAGCUGGUGUCAAAAAUAAAAGAGGUUGUGCCUCCCAUUCUAACCAAGUUAGGCAAGGUUAAAAAUCCAUGGCCUAAUGUUGAUGCUCACAGUGGAGUGCUACUAAACUACUAUGGUCUAACUGAGGAAAACUAUUAUACUGUUCUCUUUGGUGUAGCGAGGAGUAUUGGAGUUGGUCCUCAGUUGAUCUGGGACCGGGCUCUUGGAAUGGCACUUGAAAGGCCCAAAAGUGUCACCCUGGAGAAACUCGAGAGUUUGGUCGGCGCAUCAUCCUGAAAUUUAAGUCACCAUUUGUCUGUUAAUUGCUAAAAUACACUCUGCGGUAGAUGGACGGCGGUCUUAAAUUGAAAUUUUAGUUUGAUUGCAAUGAGGAAUAUUCAUUUCCCUUCCCUUUUCUGGCCAUUCUGCCACCAUGUUCCGUUUUAGAAGAUUUUGGUAUAUAGGUAAAGGGUGGUAAUACAACCCUCACAGUUUGUUUUUCCACUUCUUCUGAACUGCAUAAAUUAGGAUUGAGGGAGCAUUUGAAUAAAAAGGCAUUAUUGUUUAGGGGGUAUCCCCUUGUAUUCUUUCUAAAUUGGAUUUUUUUAUUGUUAUGGCUAUAGGCUAAUACUCAAUAAAAGUCGGUCCUGUGUAUAAA